UAAAACCAUGGGCCUUCCUGGAGGCCCAAAAAUAACUGGGAUUAAAACCCCUACAAGGGGUUUAAUGAAGAACAUAGAAACCAGAAAUCCAGCAACUCCUACCUCAAAUCUGUGUAGAAAAAGGAGGGCUAUGGCAACAGCUAUUGGCAAGAAAGCAAAUCAUCUUCGAAAUCUCUGUAAACGUAUACGUCUCUAUUCUCAUUUUGGUCCUCUUGGCCAAUGCCGAUCCAUAGCUACGCCACCAACAAUCAUCCACGCUCUUCAGUAUCGAACUCUACCUUUAAUUUCACCAGUUCGUUCGUUCGCUCUCCCGUUUGGUCUUGGAAUUCCAUCUUUAUCUACAAAUCAAAGAUAUUCGUUGAAUACCACAGUUACAACUGUUGAAUCCGAAAACCCGGUCCCGAAAAAUGAUGUCAAAUUGGAUUCCGAAAAACCGGUUCCGAAAAGUGAUGUGAAAUCUGAUUCUGAAGGAGCUGAAAAGUCGGGAGAUUCAAAUCAAGAGAAAAGCGACGGUGGAAAACCUGUUCGGGGCGGGCCUGUUUCAUGGUUGAGUUUUCUAUUGCUGAUUCUUACUGGAGCUGGAUUGAUAUGGUACUAUGACAGGGAAAAGAAACGACAUAUUGAAGAAAUAAGUAGUUCCUCAGAAGCUGUUAAACAAGGACCAUCUGCAGGCAAAGCAGCCAUUGGGGGGCCAUUUAAUCUUAUAAACCAUGAUGGGAAGAAUGUAACUGAUAAGGACUUUCUAGGGAAUUGGACAAUGAUAUAUUUUGGCUUCACUCAUUGUCCUGAUAUUUGUCCAGAUGAGUUACAGAAGCUAGCUGCUGCUGUUGAUAAAAUAAAGGAUAAAGGGCGAAUUGAUGUUUUGCCUGUGUUCAUCUCUGUUGAUCCUGAGAGAGAUACUGUGGAGCAAGUAUGUGAAUAUGUCAAAGAGUUUCAUCCAAAAUUGGUUGGGUUAACUGGGAGUCCAGAAGAGAUAAAGAAAGUAGCUCGUGCAUAUCGAGUUUAUUAUAUGAAGACAGUGGAGGAAGAUUCAGAUUAUCUUGUUGAUCACUCCAUAGUCAUGUACUUAAUGAGUCCUAAGAUGGAGUUUGUAAAAUUUUUUGGGAAGAAUAAUGAUGUUGAUUCGCUGGCAGACGGUGUAAUUAAAGAGAUAAAGCAACACAAGAAAUAGAAAUAGAAAUAGAAGUGUAGUUUUAACUUUUAUCCAUUGCGCUUGUACUCCAUACCUCAUACUGAAUUUUUUGGUGCAGGCACCCCAGUUUUUAUCCAGAUUGAGUUCCGAGUCACAUGAUGAUACUAUUAUGCGAAAUUAGUUGUUUUACUUGAAUUGGAAAUUUAUAAGCCAGUUGAAUUGUUAUUAUAGACUUGUGUUUGCUAUGA